AAAAUAAUGACAUAUCUCUUUCAGGACAUCCUUUCGAUCUAUGUCUUAUCAUCUACAACGUUAUUGUUCGCACCAAUUAAAGAAUAACUAGAUCUCUUAUCGUUAUCAUGAGUAGCCACUUUCAUUUGUCUUUGCAAACUUUUUUUUUUUUUUUAAUUAAAAUGAUUUUGCUUUCGAAUUGGGAAUCAUGAUGAAGGGAGCUGGCCGCAUGCGCUGGACCGCAAUUCAAAAUUUCUUUUUCCGUUUUAUGUUUAGUUUAAAUAAGGGUACUUAACAACUUUACCUUCUGUUUAUGGCAACAAAACCAUCAGUACAGUAGCGGGCAAUUUCCGCCGCCGCAUGCAAACAGGAAGCCAGCCAGCCAGCAAUAUCGAUCAUCAAACUACGUACUAUCGAUCGAUAUGUGGCUUCAAUCAAACGCCGUGCCACCCGCAGCUUCGCUGGAGAGCGGUGGGGAUGGUCGGAUACUGCAGUCAGCUGUGUUCGACGACACGAUCUGGGGGGAUCACUUCCUCGCCACCAGCAGGAGGAGUGAUACUACUGCUUCUGAUGAUGGGGUAAUCGUAGCAAACCAAUCCCAGGGACAUCCUACUCCAGAGCAUGAAAGUAGGGAAUAUGAAGUUUUGAAGGAAGAGGUGCAGAGGAUGGUAACCGUUGGAGUAGGUGAUAAUGAUGAGGCGGCAAUAUUCAAAAAGUUGCGGCUGAUUGAUGCAAUCCAGCGUUUAGGGGUUGGAUAUCACUUUAAGGAGGAGAUCGAAAAAGCUAUUGAAAAUGUGCAUGCUCUUGGUGGAGAAUCGUUCAUUGACACGUAUAAGCAUAUUGAUCUCCAUCAUGCCGCUCUUUGGUUCCGACUGCUUAGACAGCAAGGCUUUGGUGUUUCCUCUGAUGUGUUUAGAAAGUUCAAGGAUCAUGAGGGGAAGUUCAAAGAAUCGUUGGCAUUUGACGGGCAAGGACUGUUGAGUUUGUAUGAGGCAGCACAUGUGGCAAUUCAUGGUGAAGACAUAUUGGACGAAGCUUUGAGCUUCUCAACAAAAAAUCUGAAGUUAAUUGUGCAAGAUCACAAGACCUCUUCGUCAUUCAAGAAGCAAGUUGAAUUCUCCCUUGCACUCCCCAUGUGGAAAUGUGUCCCUAGGACACUUGCUAGGCAUUGCAUCCAAGUUUACUCCGAACUAGAUGAGCAAGCUUCUCAUGAUGAAACAGUAACCCUGAAGUUCGCAAAAUUGGACUUCAACGUGGUGCAGAGAGUCCAUCAAGAGGAGCUCCACGAACUCACAAUGUGGUGGGCAAGUCUUGAAACAAAGAAGAGAUUCCCAUAUGCAAGAGACAGACUUGUAGAGUGUUAUUUCUGGAUCAACACUGUUUACCCCGAGCCCAAGCACCGUGUGGGAAGGAUCAUACUCACCAAGUGUGGAGCCGUGUUGACCCUCUUGGAUGAUUUCUAUGAUAACUUUGGUGAUUACGAGCAACUUAAGAUCCUGACAGAAGCCAUUCAGAGGAUGGAUAUUUCUGCUCUGGAAGAACUCCCCGACAUUAUGAAGGAGGCGUACAGGGUGGUCAUCGUUAACCUGUUCGAAGAAAUGGAGCAGGCAAUAUCAGGAACUGGACCCACUUAUGGUAUUGACUAUUGUAAGCAAGAGGUACGUACUUCAAGAAUUGUGUGCGGGUCCUUAUUGGCUGAGGCCCGGUGGCGCAGUGAUUGCCAUGUGCCGAGUCUGGAGGAGUACCUGAAGCAUGCAAACAUAACCAGCUCUUACUUCUUCGUCUGCCCAUCGGCCUACUUGGGGAUUGGACCAGAAGUAGCCACCAGAGAGGCCUUUGAGUGGGUGACCAGUAAAACGAACAAGAUGGUGAUGGCAUCCGCUUCCAUUUGCAGGGUCCAAAACGACAUCAUGUCUUACCCGUUCGAGCAAGAGAGGUUGCACGUGGCGUCGGCGGUUCAGUGCUACGUGAAGGAGCACGGCGUGUCCGACGAGGAGGCGACGCAGGUAUUGCUGGGCCGGAUUGCAGAUGCUUGGAAAGACAUGACUGAGGUUAUGUGCUGCCAGAAACCAACCCCGUUCCCGACGGCUUUGUUGUCUCCGGUCAUCAAUUUUGCCCGAUCGAUCAGUGUGAUUUAUCUCAAGGCCGAUGCCUUCACCUAUCCCCAGCUUUUGAAGGAACGCAUUGCCGCCCUCUUCGUCCACCCUGUGCCGCUCUGAACCUCAUCAAGAUCGAUCCAAUAUUCUAGUUAUAUAUGUAUAUAUGGGGUUUCCUUUGAAAUAAAUUGCAAACAUGAAUUUGGGAGUGAUUUCGUCCUAAGUAAAGAAAAUAAUUAAUGUUCGUGUAAGGUUCUCAAUAAUAUCAAUGCAGUCCACCUCGUUUCGUCAGCAUUUCUUUUCCGGGGUACGUGGAGUAAUCCUCUUCCUCUUCCAAGUUCCAAGUGCAUUUCAACCUCUAUAUAUCCAGUAGCGCGCGGGCAUGCAGAAUUCUAUGAUAUGCGUAUUCCCCACUUUAUUUCCGCCGUUUGCCCUAAUUACGUUUACUGUCUGUUGAGUUAUACGUUGCAGAUGUAUAGGGCCUUGAUCUCAGUGCUUAUGGACUAGGCCCAUUAGUUACGUAGGAUGCGGUGGAUAGGCUCGGCUAGGGUUAUUGAUGUAUGGCCGAGUCUUUGUAUAUAGAGAGCUAGGGUUGCUGCCGAGAGAAGUGUGAAAAUAAGAAAGAACACCUAUUCCC